CGCGCUCGCCGAGUCUCCUUGGGAUCGUCCGUGCGUCCGCGGGCCGAGAUGGGCGGCGGCGGCAGCACUCGGCGCGUCACCUUCGAGGCGGACGAAAAUGAGAAUAUCACCGUGGUCAAAGGCGUGCGGUUGUCCGACAGCGUCAUCGAUCGGAUGAAGGAACCUUCCUCACCUAGGGGGAGACAGCACCGAGGAUCAGGUGCAGUUAAUGAUGAAGAGCUGAAGAAAAGAAUAGCUGAGGAGCUGGCACUGGAACGAGCCAGGAGAGACUCUGAAGCUCAGAAGAGGAGGUUGAAACAAGAUCAAAUGUACGUUCGGGAUGAGUUUGGCAGACUCCUGGAACGGGACAGGAUCUCUGCAAAUGAGCAACUGACUCGAGCCAUGCUUCGGGAGAGAGCGGCCACGGAGGAGGAGCGGCAGAAGGCUCAGCGCUUUGCCAGGCAGCUGGAAGAGAAGGAGAGGGAGCUGAAGAAACAUGAUGCCUACUACAAAGAGCAGCUGGCUCGGCUGGAAGAGAGGAGUGCCCAGUUCUACAAAGUCACCACUGAGGAAUACCAAAAGGCUGCUGAUGAAGUCUCAUCUCGGUUCAAGAGAUACGAGUCCCACCCGAUCUGUGGGGAGCUGCAGGAUAAAAUCCUCCAGUGCUACCGGGAACAUGUCCAGGAGACCCUGAGCUGCUCUGCCCUGGCCAGCCAGUACCUGCACUGUGUCAAUCAUGCCAAACAGCAGAGAAUGCUUGGGAGAGGAGGAUAAAGGCAUUGUCCAAAUCAAGCACAAGACCAUCAACUAAUUUCAGCAGAAGAGCUUUAUUUUCUCCCCAAGAACGAUCUGGCAGCCCAUUUGCAAUAAAGAGAAGAGGAAGAGCCCUUUGAAGGUCAGCAUCCUCACGGCUCAAUCAGACACCUGGAUCUUCUUCCAUCUGAGCUCUCCCGUCUGAGGCCGCUGUUCCGCCUCCUCAAAGCCCACUUAUUGGUGAUUGAAGGGAGGGAAAAAAAGAACCUUUCUCUGGUCUCAGAGAGGGGAAAUAUCCUUCAAAUGCUGCUGUUUCACUGUAGAAUCUCCCCUGUGACACCUCCCUGUUAGAGGCAGGGGGGUGUAACCCUUGCAGUGCUGGGAUGUGGCUGUUCCUCGGGAGCAGCCGCUGGUGCCGGGCUCAGAGUUCUCCUCACAGUGUAGAAUUGUAAAUUGUGCUUUAACUUAUUUCCCAAAUGACCUGGCUUGAUGAAGUCUCUCUCUGCAGGCCUUCUGCUGGAAUGAUGUUUGUGAUCCAGCACUUAGGGUGCUCCAUGGCCUUUAUUUCUGUGGGAUGGUUCUCUUGUGCUCCUCGCUCGUAUCAAGUCCUGACGAGAAUGCCUGCUCUGUACCAACA